UUCGCUUCACUCCGUCCCGCCUCUAACCCCGCCCUUCAGCCACGCCCCCGACAUGGCCCCGCCCCCUGCGCUGCGCGCCGCCGGGAAGCCUCCCUGCAGUUAUCUUCAGGGGAGGUGGUUUCCGGGGCUGCGGUUCUCCUCGGCAGGUUCGCGCCUUCGUCGCGGUAUCGGUGUGGAGCAGCCUUUCCGGGGCUGUUUGGACAGCUCGGAGCACAGCGGGUUGCGAUAGGUUUCCACUCCCGAAGUCCUGCCUCCUCCUGGGGAUGCUGCACUUGUGAGUGGCAGGCUUCUUUUGAAUUACCGCACCUCAGGAGUUGCGGCGCCUGCAUCUCCGGAGCCGCUGGGGUGAAGAGCCACCGUGGUUUUAGUCGUCUAGGGGAGAGUCGCCGUAUUUGGGACCUCAGAUCCCGCCGUUCCUGCAUUCCAGGUUGCAGCUCUACGCUUCUCACCAAAGGACAUGGAAGAAAAUGAAAACAGCCAGUCUCCAACAACAAGCUACCAAUAUCCCAAAGAAACAGUAAGGAAGCGCCAAAAUUCAGUACAGAAUUCAGGAGGAAGUGUGUCUUCUAGGUUUUCCAGAAAAAGCUUCAAACUGGAUUAUAGACUAGAAGAAGACGUAACUAAGUCAAGGAAAGGAAAAGAUGGGAGAUUCGUUAAUCCGUGGCCAACGUGGAAAAACAUCUCUAUUCCAGAUUUCCUCAGGUGGCUGAUAAUGGAGAAAGACCACAGCAGUGUCCCAGGCUCCAAAGAGGAACUUGACAAAGAGCUCCCAGUGCUUAAGCCGUAUUUUAUCAGUGACCCUGAAGAAGCUGGGGUGACCGAGGCUGGCUUACGAGUCACGUGGCUGGGCCACGCCACGCUGAUGGUGGAGAUGGACGAGCUCAUUUUCCUCACGGACCCCAUGUUCAGCUCCCGCGCCUCUCCCUCACAGUACAUGGGCCCGAAGCGAUUCCGCCGCCCCCCGUGUACCAUAAGUGAGCUCCCCGCAAUAGAUGCGGUCCUUAUCAGUCACAACCACUACGACCACCUGGACUACGGCUCUGUCCUGGCUCUGAAUGAGCGGUUUGGCAGUGACCUGAGAUGGUUUGUGCCUCUGGGUCUCCUCGACUGGAUGCAGAAAUGCGGCUGUGAGAACGUCAUCGAGCUGGACUGGUGGGAGGAGAAUUGCGUGCCUGGCCACGACAAGGUCACCUUUGUCUUCACGCCUUCCCAACACUGGUGUAAAAGGACCCUCCUGGAUGACAACAGGGUCCUGUGGGGCAGCUGGUCUGUGCUGGGGCCUUGGAACCGGUUCUUCUUUGCUGGGGAUACUGGCUACUGCCCUGCUUUCGAAGAGAUAGGGAAGAGGUUUGGGCCCUUCGACCUCGCAGCUAUUCCCAUUGGAGCAUAUGAGCCCAGGUGGUUUAUGAAAUAUCAGCAUGUUGACCCAGAAGACGCCGUAAGGAUUCACAUCGAUAUUCAGACGAAGAGAUCCGUGGGAAUUCACUGGGGAACUUUUGCCUUAGCUAAUGAGCACUACUUGGAGCCUCCAGCGAAACUGAAGGAAGCUCUAGAAAGAUAUGGACUUAAGAGUGAAGACUUCUUUGUCCUGAAGCACGGAGAGUCAAGAUACUUGAAUACUGAUGACAAAGCUUUCGAAGAGACAUGAAAUGGGACUCUCAGGAAAACAAAUGAGAAGACUAAGAACUCGCAAAUAUUACAUCGUUUUCCACGUGGACACAACGUCCGCAAGUGUGUGUUUUGUUUUGCAUCCUAACUUGCCGACUGCCAAGACUCACAGAAACUGUGAGAGUCCAGGGAGGGUCAUUCAAGGAACUGUCUGUUGUAGACUUAAAGAAAUACCAAUGACACAAACAUUGCAAUACAUUAUUUUCUAGCAAAACACUACAUUUUAGUGGUAGUAGAAUUUCUAAGGUUGUGAAAAAUGACAUUAAAGUUUCCUUUCUUUUU